AAGUUCUCUCUCAGCUGGACUUCCUCUACAUUGUUUCAGCGCUCCUGUCCUGUCCUAUACAUUGUUUCAGCGCUCCUGUCCUGUUCUGUCCUCUCCUCUCCUGUCCGCUCCUCUCCUGUCCUCUCCAACAUGGCCAAGCCGUUGAGCGACCAAGAGAAGCGCAAGCAGAUCAGCGUGCGCGGUAUCGCGGGGCUUGGAGACGUGGCCGAGAUCAAGAAGAGCUUCAACCGGCACCUGCACUUCACGCUGGUGAAGGACCGGAACGUGGCCACGCCGCGUGAUUACUACUUCGCCCUGGCGCACACCGUGCGUGAUCACCUGGUGGGCCGCUGGAUCCGCACGCAGCAGCACUACUACGAGAAAGACCCCAAGAGGAUCCACUACCUCUCUCUGGAGUUCUACAUGGGCAGAACCCUGCAGAACACGAUGAUUAACCUCGGCUUGCAGAACGCCUGUGAUGAAGCCAUUUACCAGCUUGGAUUGGACCUGGAAGAACUGGAAGAGAUCGAGGAAGAUGCUGGACUGGGGAAUGGUGGAUUGGGCCGGCUUGCAGCUUGUUUUCUGGACUCUUUGGCGACUCUCGGUCUGGCAGCGUACGGUUACGGGAUUCGGUACGAGUUUGGAAUCUUCAACCAGAAAAUCUCUAACGGUUGGCAGGUGGAGGAGGCUGAUGAUUGGCUACGCUAUGGUAACCCCUGGGAGAAGGCCCGUCCUGAGUACAUGCUCCCAGUGCAUUUUUAUGGCCGGGUGGAGAACACAGAGGAGGGGCCUAAGUGGGUGGAUACUCAGGUGAUCCUGGCGAUGCCAUACGACACGCCUGUCCCUGGCUACAAGAACAACACCGUUAACACCAUGAGACUUUGGUCUGCUAAAGCACCUAAUGACUUCAAUCUUCAAGAAUUUAAUGUUGGAGACUAUAUCCAGGCUGUGUUGGACCGGAACCUGGCGGAGAACAUCUCUCGAGUACUUUAUCCCAAUGACAAUUUUUUUGAGGGUAAGGAGCUCCGUCUUAAGCAGGAGUAUUUUGUGGUGGCAGCCACUCUACAGGACAUCAUCCGACGCUAUAAAUCCUCCAAAUUUGGCAGCAGGGACCAAGUGCGCACUUCCAUGGUAAACUUUCCAGAAAAGGUAGCAAUCCAGUUGAAUGACACACACCCUGCUCUGGCCAUUCCUGAGCUUAUGAGGAUCCUCCUGGAUGUGGAGAAACUGUCCUGGGACAAGGCAUGGGAGAUCACCACCAAGACGUGUGCGUACACGAACCAUACGGUGCUUCCAGAAGCUCUGGAGCGCUGGCCUGUCUAUAUGUUUGAGAAACUUCUUCCCAGACACCUGCAGAUCAUCUAUGAGAUCAACCAGCGUCACCUCCAUAAAACAGCAGCCCUGUAUCCAGGAGACACGGAUCGUCUCCGCAGGAUGUCUCUAAUCGAGGAGGGCGAUCCUAAGAGAAUAAACAUGGCUCAUCUGUGUGUGGUGGGAUCGCACGCCGUCAACGGAGUCGCUCGCAUCCACUCUGAAAUCGUCAAAACCACAGUUUUUAAAGACUUCUGCGACAUCGAGCCGAAGAAGUUUCAGAACAAGACGAACGGCAUCACCCCCCGGCGCUGGCUCCUGCUCUGUAACCCCGGCCUGGCUGAGGUCAUCGCUGAGAAAAUCGGCGAGAACUUCCUGAAGGACCUGUACCAGCUGAAGAAGCUGCUGGACUUCAUCGAUAACGACGUGUUCAUCAGAGAUGUGGCUAAAGUCAAACAGGAGAACAAGCAGAAGUUGGCGGCGUAUCUGGAGAAGACAUACAAGGUUCAGAUCAAUCCAGAGUCCAUCUUUGACAUCCAGGUGAAGAGGAUCCAUGAGUACAAGCGGCAACUGCUCAACUGCCUGCACAUCAUCACAUACUAUAACCGAAUCAGAAAAGACCCGAGCAAGAGGUUUGUGCCCAGAACAAUCAUGAUCGGAGGCAAGGCAGCACCCGGGUACCACAUGGCUAAAAUGAUCAUUAAGCUGAUCACCUCGGUGGCAGACGUGGUCAAUAACGACCCGGUGGUGGGAGACCGGCUGAAGGUGAUCUUCCUGGAGAACUACAGAGUCUCACUGGCUGAGAAAGUGAUCCCAGCAGCAGACCUUUCCGAGCAGAUCUCCACCGCCGGCACAGAAGCUUCCGGAACAGGCAACAUGAAGUUCAUGCUGAACGGCGCCCUCACCAUCGGCACCAUGGACGGCGCUAACGUGGAGAUGGCAGAGGAGGCGGGCGAGGAGAACCUCUUCAUCUUCGGCAUGAGGGUGGAGGACGUGGAGGCUCUGGACCGCAAAGGCUAUAAUGCUCGUGAGUACUAUGACCGCUUGCCGGAGCUCAGACAAGUUAUGGAUCAGAUCAGCACCGGACACUUCAGCCCCAAAGAGCCAGAUAUGUUCAAGGAUGUUGUCAACAUGUUGAUGAAUCAUGACAGGUUCAAGGUAUUUGCAGAUUAUGAGGCUUAUAUUAGCUCUCAGGGGAAGGUCAACGACCUCUACAAGAACCCUAAAGAAUGGACCAAGAAGGUGAUCAGAAACAUCGCCAGCUCUGGAAAAUUCUCCAGUGAUCGCACCAUUUCAGAGUACGCCAGUGAGAUCUGGGGGGUGGAGCCUACAGAUCUGAAGAUCCCACCACCCAAUGAGCCUCGAGACUGAAGCGGGGCUUCAUUCUUUUAUUGUGAUUGGUUCUGUUUGGUCACAGGGCUGUGAUUGACAGAUUGAGGAUCUGCCUGUUUUCCAUAGCCAAUAGACCCAGUGUGUAUUUGUCUUCACUGAUGUUCUCCUUCCCUUCUUUAAUACUGUCUGUGUGUAACAUUUCAAAACCCACAGCCUUUUGUGCCUGGAAGCUUGAAAGGACAUUGUGUGUUUUUGAAAAUAUAGAUGCUUUAACACACACAAGUUAAGACUAAAAGUUUUUCUGAGAGAAAACUGUCCUUUUUUGCACCUACUGUAUGCAAUUUUACAAAAUACUCAAGGAAUAAAUGGAUUAAACUGUGACUUAGCAACUGCAAAUAGAUCAUAUUUAGCUCUGCUAGCAAUUAUCCCACUCUGUAUAUUUAGCAAUUAGCACUUUAGCACUUAGCAUAUCUUGACUCUUACAUUUAGGAGAUCUUUAAGCACAGUUAGCAAUUAGAUGCUAGCUUAUGUAUUGUGAUUAGCAUAGAUGCUGUCAUUAGUGCUGCACCAUACACAUAUUUUUUUAAAUAAUUGAGCUCUGUACAAUUGCUUAGCAAAUGGAGACCUCAGAAAAUUGCUAGCAAAUGUUUUUGCAUUAACACCUUUUGUAACUGCAGACUUGCAAGGUUGUGUACACAGUUCUUUAUAAAACUUUGUGUCCACCAUACAGUAAAUCCAGUGGAACAUUUAGAAGAUUAACAGUUUUACUUUAAUAAUCAGGGAAGUGUUUGUACGUCUAGAUUUGUUGUGUCUGUAAACGAGACUUUUGUAAUCAUAUUCUGCAUCCUUUGAAUAAUAUUUGAUUAGUGUCUUAUUGGAUUUCUGUGUGCUCUACCAGAUUGUGCUUUAAUACCCUUUCCAUGAUUUACUUAUGAAAAUUUUGACACUUAUGUUUAAAGAAUAAAUAUGUUUAAAAGACAAA